AUGAGCGGUGAUAGUGACAGUGAAUCCAGCGACAGCAGUAGCAGCAGCAGCGGGGACAUCUGCGGCAUCUGUGGCGGAACGCCAUGUGACUGGGCUUCGCUACAAGAGCUACUAGUAGCACAAGGAGACCGGGUGAGAGAUAACUCGGGUACAGCACCAAUGAAGAAGAUUCGGAUGGCAGUCUGUCAGAUGUACGUCUAUCUCAAGUUCGGAAGUCUCGUGAAGACACGAAUGUUCGGGUGCCCGAGUGCGUGA